AUUACUUUGGAUUAUAAUCUUUUAGCUUGAUAGGAAAAGCUGUGUUUUUUGGGGGGUUCUGGGGGGAUUUAAAGAUGGGUAUUGUAAAAUUCAUGAUUUCGGGGAAACUUUGAAUGGUUUUGCUUAUAGGAUGCAUUGUCUUUGACGGAGUUUGAGCUGAUGGAGUUGCUAGAUGUGGGGUUGGCAGAAGUGAGAUCUGCAUUAGCACACAUCAGUGAGAAAGUCUGUCCACCUUAUCAAACUGCAUUAUCACUAAUGGAGCAAAGGGCUCAAAAUGAGAAGUUUUCUGGCCAUCUUCCAACAGGCCUGGAAGGAUUAGAUACGGCCUUAUGUGGUGGAAUCCCAUUUGGUGUUUUGACUGAACUGGUUGGUCCUCCUGGAAUUGGGAAAACCCAGUUCUGCUUGAAGCUCUCUUUAUUGGCUUCAUUACCAACGAGUUAUGGAGGGCUGAAUGGCCGUGUGAUAUACAUUGAUGUUGAAUCCAAAUUUAGUUCGAGAAGGAUGAUAGAGAUUGGAAUUACAAGUUUCCCGGAAUUAUUUCAGAAGAAAGAGAUGGCACAAGAGGUCUGCUAAAUGUUG